AUGGUCGCUGGCGUUUGGUCGGAUGAUCCUUCUUUGCAGCUCAGGUUCACUACUGAAUUCAGGAAGCUAUUAAUCGUCGGUUCGGGUGUUUUGCCUCGGUUUGUUGAGUUUCUUAAGAAAGGUGAUAACCCUCAGCUUCAGUUUGAGGCAGCUUGGGUUCUAACAAACAUUGCAUCCGGAACAUCGGAUCACGUAAAGGUUUUGAUCAAUCUCAAUGUUGUUCCAAUCUUUGUCCACCUUAUUGCUUCCCCUAGAGAUGAUGUCCGUGAACAGGUUGUAUGGGCGUUGGGUAAUCUUCUCGGGGAUUCACCACAAAACCGUGAUUUUUUUCUUAGAUGUGGGGCACUGAAACCGAUUCUCAAUCAGCUAAAUGACCAUCCCAGGUUGUCCAUGUCUAGAACUGCCGCAUGGACCUUGUCAAACAUGUGUCGUGGCAAGCCUGAGCCAAUCUUUGAACAGGUGAAAGAAGCUCUUCCGGCCCUUGAACGACUAAUUCACUCGGAUGAUGAAGAAGUCUUGAAAGAUGCUUGUUGGGCUCUCUCAUACCUCUCCUCUGAUCAGACCAAUAAUGACAACGUCACGAGACUCAAGACUAUCAUCGAGUCCGGUGUUGUCCCAAGACUUGUUCAACUUCUUCUCCAUCCUUCUCCAUCUGUGAGACGUCAUGCGAUUCGCGUCCUUGGAAAUAUUAUUGCUAACGGAAAUGAUGAACAAGUCUUGAUAGAUGCUUGUUUGGCUCUCUCAGACCUCUCUGACCAGAGCAAUAUUCAAAAGGUCAUGAGACUCAAGACUAUCAUCGAGUCCGGUGCUGUCCCAAGACUUGUUCAACUUCUCCUCCAUCCUUCUCCAUCAGUGAGAGGUCCUGCCAUUCGCGUCCUUAGAAACAUUGUUGUUAAUGGAAAUGAUGAACAAACCCAGCUGGUGAUCAGUAGUGGUGCUUUACAAUGUCUUACCAAACUUCUCACUCAAGAUUACAAUAAAAGCAUACAGAAGGAAUGUUGCUUGAUGAUUUCAAACCUCACAGCUUCAGGCAACAUAGUAAACAUUCAGAAAGUAGUUGAUGCUAAUUUGAUUGCCCCCAUGAUACAUGGUGGGGAAAGGAUGCAUGAAACCAUUAUGCAAUCUCUUGGUAUGUCCGGAUACAAGCAUCAUAAAAAUCUGCCUUAG